AAACUUAAACAAAAAAAAAAAAAAAAAACUUUGCUUCUUGUCUCUGAACUGGGUAUCUUGUUAACUGGAAACCCGGUUUAGGGCCUUUAAUUCCAACACAACUAAAAAAAAUCGGGUGACUUUUAUCUCAAAGAUCCCAUUUUUAUAUAAAUUUUAUGUACUAGUACUUGUUAAUCUAAUAAAAUGGAAAUAAAUGGAGGUGAUUGUAAUUCUGGGGAUAAAUCCCAAGCUGAAACAUCCGUUUUGAGUUCGAAAGUAUCCUUAAAUCACGUUGGAGAGGUUACUCUCACUCUUAAUUCAGAUGGGUUGUCUUGGAAAUCGCUUGAUUCCGGCGAUAAUGGUGGAUCAACUUGUUUGGGGAUUAAACUUGUUCCUGAUAUCCCAACAGAGGUAAAAUUCUCUGAUAUCUAUGCUGUAGAGGUAGCCGACAGUGGUAUGAUUCAAGAAUCAAAUCUUACUAGUGUUGGAGAAUGUUUCUUGGGGAAUGAAUCUCAUGAUUCUGAGAUGAACCACUUUAUAAUACAUUCUUUUCAGAAGUCUAAGUCUCAGGCUUGCCUUUGGAUCGUGGCCAUGUACAGUUUUGGUCACAAGGACUUGCAGACUUGUCAGAUGUGGGUGAAUAAAAUUAAUGAUUCUCUAAAUAAGGAAGUUGGGAGACCAAGGAAUCUUCUGGUAUUUGUUCAUCCAAUGAGUGGGAAAGCAAAUGGCCGGAGGACUUGGGAACAUGUGGCUCCUAUAUUUGCACGUGCUAAAAUAAACACGAAGGUGAUUGUAACACAGAGGGCAGGGCAUGCAUUUGAUGUGAUGAAAUCUACUACAAACGAAGAGCUGAAUUCAUAUGAUGGUGUUAUAGCUGUUGGUGGUGAUGGUUUCUUCAAUGAAAUUCUUAAUGGUUUUCUUUCUUCAAGGCAUAAAGCUCCUUUCCCGCCUGCCCCAUCAGAUUUUCUUGACACUCUGAGGAAUGAUGUCAACUCCUUAGAUUACGCUUCAAAUGUAGCAUGUUCUGAGACUCAUUACAACAAAGAGAGUGAUCCUCUUCUCCCAAGUUCGGCACAUAAUGAAUUGGGAUUAUCUCCUUUGGGAACUGAUGAUGGAUCUCACUCCAUAGAUCAGGAAAUUGAGUAUCUGCUUCCUAAUCAGAGGUUUAGAUUUGGAAUAAUUCCUGCUGGUUCAACAGAUGCCAUUGUGAUAUGCACCACUGGGGCUCGAGAUCCUAUAACAUCUGCAUUACACAUUGCCCUGGGUAAGAGGGUGUGCCUUGAUGUUGUUCAAGUUGUAAGAUGGAAAACUACAUCUACCUCAAAGGUUGAACCUUGUGUACGCUAUGCGGCUUCUUUUGCUGGGUAUGGAUUUUAUGGAGAUGUCAUUACAGAGAGUGAAAAAUACCGGUGGAUGGGCCCCAAACGUUAUGACUAUGCAGGAACAAAAGUGUUUUUGAGACACAGGUCAUAUGAAGCAGAAGUAGCAUACCUGGAAGUUGAAUCUGAAAAAAAGAGUUCAAUUCCAGAUGGAAGUAGGAUGUUUGGUAAGGUGCGAAGCUUGAAAAGAAAAAAAUGUGAAAGAAUUAUUUGCCGAGCCAAUUGCAAUGUGUGUAAUACACAGCCAGUUUAUUCUUCCACAAGAUGCCCCUCUGCAACACCUGACAUGAUUUCACAAGAAAAAAGAUGGUUGAAAUCUAAAGGGCGUUUCCUUAGUGUUGGGGCAGCCGUAAUGUCUAACCGAAAUGAAAGGGCACCUGAUGGUUUGGUGGCUGAUGCACACCUUUCAGAUGGUUUCCUGCAUCUUCUAUUAAUUAAAGACUGCCCUCACGCAUUAUACCUUUGGCACCUUACGCAGCUAGCAAGGAAAGGCGGAAACCCCCUAGAUUUCAACUUUGUGGAACAUUAUAAGACCCCAGCCUUUACAUUCACUUCCUUCGGCAAUGAGAGCGUCUGGAAUCUGGAUGGUGAGCUUUUUCAAGCACACAAACUUUCAGCACAAGUGUUUCGAGGCCUGGUUUGCCUAUUUGCAUCUGGUCCUGAAGUUUAGUCGGAGACAUAGGAGUGAAGGUCUCAUCAAAGCAGUCAAGUAAUUAACUUUAUACCAACACAGUUUUGUAUCAACAAAAAUGCAAUCUAGUAAUUGAUGAUACACAUCAACAAGGCAUAUAAGGUGGCCUUAAAAAGGUCAUCACAGUUAGAUGAAACCACAUAGUACAAGAAAUUACGAUGGAGGUGUGACACUGAUACAGCAUUUUACUUUAUGUAUGAAUUUUGUUGCUUUAGCAUGGAUGACCUCAAAGUUAUUUCUUACUGAUUUUCAUCACCACCAUUGAAGACCACAAAGAAUCAUGGCUGUGUCCAUGUCACGCCUUCAGCGGUUUAGCCUAAACUUCAAGAUCAAUUUUAGUCCAAGUCGUUUGAUCAUCUUUAUAAUUUUCACCCUAAUUUUCUUGAUAUUGCAAGACAAGUUUCUUCAUCAAUACCAUAUACUUUACCGUAUGUUGUUUAUUGCUUGGAUUCAAAUAAAAUUUUCAUAUGGUUUAAUCAUGUGCUUGUAUCAGUUGUAUGUAAAUACUAAUAGGAAGAUUAGGAAAUUAUCCAUUGAACGGUAAUCAGUGCAAUUGUAACAUUGAAAAUAUGAAUUUAACUAAUUUGAUUAAAUUAAUAUGGACAACACUAUAAUCUAUAGAUGCAUUUUAUGGAGGUUUUUUUCUUUUUUAUAACAAAGGUCACGGUAUGAAAUAAAAAAAUAAAAUAAGGGU